GCCGAGAGAAGGUUCCGCGCGUGCCUGCUGCAGGAGGAACACCGUGCUGAAGUUUACUCCUGGAGAAUCAGCUCCUGUUCAAACAAGGCAUGAAGACUCCUCUGAGCCCGGCACAGCUGAUGGAGAACAGCCCUCCGUACUUUCCGGUCACAGAGCUGACGGACGGAAUGGAGGACGUUUCGCCGCAGGAAAGGAAGAAGCUUUUGUACUCGCUCUGUGAGGUGUGUAACAUCCAGCUGAACUCGCCUGCCCAGGUCGAGACGCACUACAACGGGAAAUCCCAUCUGCGCCGGGUCAAACAGCUCAACAGCGGAGAGAGUUCACCGGCUGGCAACAACAACAACAACAGCAGCGUCCCCAAUCCUCUCACCACGGCAAUUACAAGCGGCAGCACAGGAAGUUCGUGCCAUAGUAACACGCUCCCGGCACUUGUGCGUACGCCUCCGCUGAUGAUGCAGUCCACGCUGGACAUGAAACCGUUUAUGUCUUUCCCUGUGGAUGGCUCAUCGCCCGUCGGUCUCUUCGCCAAUUUCAGCACGAUGGAUCCCGUCCAGAAAGCCGUAAUUAACCACACCUUCGGCGUCUCCAUCCCUCCGAAGAAGAAGCAAGUGAUCUCGUGCAACAUCUGCCAGCUGCGCUUUAACUCAGACAGCCAAGCCGAAGCGCACUACAAAGGGAGUAAACAUGCCAAGAAGCUCAAAGCACAAGACUCUACGAAAACUAAGCAGAAAGGCAGAUCUGGCUCGGACAACGGCGCCAAACCGGUCAACGCCGGUCCUUCCCCCGCCCCCGCCCCCGCCUCCUCUGCUAUGGUCACUGACAGCACCACUGACCAGUCAGAAAAAAGUACAGAAGCUCCCAGCACUCCAAAACCCCCCGUCUCUCCGCGUUUCUUGGUGCCUGCCUCUCCGUUAGCCUCCAGCACCUGCAAGCCGACUCCGGCGCCCUCGGCAGAGCACAAAGCCAGUCCCAAACCGAGCCAGGCUGAACCGAGCACAGAAUCCGAAGAGGAAAAAGCCAAGAAACUGCUCUACUGCUCACUGUGUAAAGUGGCUGUCAACUCCCUGUCGCAGCUGGAGGCUCACAACACAGGUUCGAAGCACAAAACCAUGCUGGAGGCGAGAAACGGAGCCGGGCCUAUUAAGGCCUACCCUAGACCUGGCUCCAAACUCAAGAUGCAGGCCAACGUUCUAAAAGGUUCAGGAUUACAGAACAAGACGUUCCACUGCGAGAUCUGCGACGUCCAUGUCAAUUCAGAAAUUCAGCUCAAACAGCACAUCUCCAGCAGAAGGCACAAAGACCGGGUGGCAGGCAAACCUCUAAAGCCCAAAUACAGUCCUUACAACAAGCAGCAGCGCAGCUCCAGCUCCCUUGCAGCUAAGCUUGCAAUCCAGAAGGACCUUGUGAAACCCAUCUCUCCAGCCUUCAUCUCCAAUCCGUUCUCCUCCACCACGAUUCCUUCCAUCUCUCUCCACGCGCGCCCCAACACCUCCAUCUUUCAGACGCAAGCACUACCAGCCUCCUUCCUGCGAGGGGCACCGGGCCCCAUUCGGCCCUCCAGCAGCUCCAUCCUCUUUACUCCGUACUGAACAACGCCAUGGGUGAGAGGCUGACACUCUGACCUCUGACCUCUCAGGCAUGGAAUACUCUAAGUGAUGUCACAGCCUGAUGGAGGAAGGUGUGUUUGUUUAAAAAGACCGAAACAAUUUGCUGGUCCAAGUCUUCAUGUAUUACUCGAGGAAGAGUGUUUGGAUUCUUGUAGAAGAAAAAAGAAAAAAUCUUCUUCCUCUUGAAGGGCCAAGUUUUUUAUGAGGUGCUCGAGACCUGUUUGGAUUCUCCCAGAAGAGAGAGAACUUUAAAAAAAAAAACUGCUUCCUGAUUGACUUGAAUGAUCGUGGUCUUCCUCUUUAGUGGAACAGAAACUUCUGGAUACACACAUGGAAAAAAAAAUAAGUCUAACAAUCAUGAACCUACAACAAUCAGAUGCUAUGUGUUGCGUUCAGUGGCUCGAUGUGGUCAGGGAAUGUUUGCUGUCUCGUAUCGUGUAGUCGAUGAUGGUUCAUUGUUUUUGUGAACUUUGUUCCUCUUCCACCUUUUUUUUUUUUUUUUUUAAAUCUCAUGUUGUGUAUUUCCUUUAUCGAGCCUCCGGAUCAAAUUUCAUCGAUAACUCACUGGGUUAUAGUCACCUUCUUUACACUUUUACUCUAAAAAUCUACUUUUUAUUUAAAUUAAUGACUACAAGGCUAAUUCUCUUCAUUUGUAG